ACGGCGACGACAGCGCCCACCGGUGACUCACAUUCAAAUCACACCAAACCAAAUUCACAUUCAGUCGUCUAUGACAGCGAACGUAACAAUAGUAUAGAGUGUUGAUUGUACGCGACUGAAUUCUCUCUCCCCCUUGUUAUACACAGACAUACGCUCUGUUAUAAUUUUUCAUUCAUUUUUUUAAUUUGUUUUUUGUUUUAAGUAUAAGAGUGGAUCGCGUUUUGUUGGUGGUUUUCUUUUAUCUUCGUUAAAAUCCUGUGUGUUAAAUAAAAAGCAAUUGCAUUUAUGUGUGCAUUUUCAUCCGAAAAAUCAAAAUUAAUGUUCGAAUGAGGUAAUGAAAUUCCAAUAACAAAACAAUGACUAAUACGAUGUUAUUGGCUGGAAUUUGUCUACUGCUAUUAGCAUCAAAAUGUACGACGACGGCACAGUUUAGUGGUGCUGCUCCUAAUGACACAACAUUAGAGCGUCUCGGUCAGCCAUUAGCACAAUAUGGUACUGGUAAUUAUGGGAAUUAUGGUGGCAAUGGUGGCUACGGUGAUUCGAAUUAUGAUCCAUAUGCAACGCGUUCACCGUUCGGCUAUGGAACAUCGAACGAUAUAACCGGACUCAAUACGAAUCCAUUUUACGAUCCAACCAACCCGUUGAAUACGGCACCAGGUCGUAAUACCUAUGACUCGAAUUACAAUGCAUUCGGUGGCACAGGUGGUACGAAUAACUUUAAUGGCAUGGGUGGAACAUUUGGUGUCGGUGGAUAUGGUGGCAUAAAUGCAGGACUCGAUGGCAUCGAUGAGAAUAGUUUUUGUCCUGAAUUUUGGAUUGCAUACCGCAGCUCAUGUUUGCGUUUCAUCAAAUCACCGAAACGCAAUUGGUAUGACGCGAAGAAAAUUUGCCAAGCAUAUCGUGGUGAUCUGGUCAAUGUGGACAAUGUGGAAAAACAUUCGUUCAUUUUGAAGCAUUUGAUUGUUCAAGACCAAAAGCAGAAUCGUUACUAUGUGUCGGCACGGCAAGUGGCACCAAACAGUUGGUCGAAUGAUGAUGGAUCGGCUUUGGUAACGGUUGACGAUGGCUUUGCCUAUGAAGAGACCGAUUUUGAUAUUGAUACAUUGCAAGAGAAUUUACAAGACACAAAUCGAUACUACAAUCGCUUCGAUCCAAUCCUUCGCAAAGACCAAAAUCCAUUGUACAACAUGGAGAAGACUCGAUUGGUGUACGGAUAUUCACGCAUCAAAGAUCGAUGGCUUUUCAUUCCCGUCUAUGAAUUCGAACAACAUCUCUUCAUUUGCGAAUCGCAUCAACUCUACAAUCCAAAUAAUAUCAACAUCAAACAGGAUGAUCAUCGUGGUUUUGAUUAUGGCAUUGAAAUUACCACGGAAUUUGCGAAAAUUCCACGUGGACCAUACUUUGUGAAUCAACCGAAUGAAACCACCUUCGAUACGGGCAAACGAAAGAUUCGAAAUGAUGUGACGCUGAACUGUUUGGCAUGGGGUUAUCCGACACCAAUCUACAGCUGGUACAAAGAAGAGUACGUCAAUGACAAUUUAACCUUCCAUAAAAUCGACCCAUUGACCGAUAGUCGUUACACGAUUAGCGGCGGCAAUUUAAUCAUCUACGAUCCAGAUCAAACGAGAGACCAAGGCACUUAUCAUUGCAUUGCCGAAAAUAAAUUUGGUCGCAUUCGUUCCGAAAGUGUAGCGCUCAAUUUUGGCUACAUUAUGGAAUUUAAUUUGAAGCGGUCCGGUGAAGCGGGCAAAUCUAACUGGGGUCAUGCACUGUUCUGUGAUCCUCCACAACAUUACCCUGGCGUUCAGUAUUACUGGUCGCGUGAUUUCUUCCCAAAUUUCGUGCAAGAAGAUCAACGUGUCUUCGUGAGUCACGAUGGUGCCUUAUAUUUUUCCGCUUUGGAAAUUAUUGAUCGUGCAAAUUAUUCGUGUACCGUUCAAAGUUUAGUCAGUUCAACGGGUCGAAACGGUCCAUAUUUCCCGCUUCGUGUGAACCCACAUCCAAAUUAUCAAGAUUUAAUUUUUGCCAAUUCAUUCCCAAAAGUGUUUCCCGCAUCGCCAACAGCUGGCCAAGAGAUUCGAUUGGAAUGUAUGGCCUUUGGUUAUCCGGUUCCCAAAUACAAUUGGACUCGUAAAGACGGUGGUUUACCACGCCGUGCCUAUCAAAUCAAUUACAAUCGUGUAUUAAUCAUUCCAAAUGCAACGCUCAACGAUAAUGGCGAAUACAUUUGCUCGACAUUCAACGAUCGCAAAGCCAUUCAAAAGUCAAUCGUACUUAAUAUUCAAAUGCAACCGAAUUUCACCAUUCCGUUGCGCGACAAAAUCAAGGAUUUUAAGAGUGAGGUGAGUUUCAUUUGUGAAGCAAAUGCCAUACCAGAUGUGAAUUAUACGUGGUAUAAAAAUGCCGAGCUUAUGGAACGGGAUAAAUUGGAUCGUGAUAAAUAUGUGAUACAAGACAAUGUGCUGACGAUUAAAUUCCUGGAUCCGGAGAAGGACGACGGGAUGUAUCAGUGUGCGGCAAAGAAUCAACUGAAAACCGUUUAUUCAUCCGCACAGCUGAGGGUUCUGUCGAUGAAACCGUCAUUCCACAAGCGGCCACUCGAAUCGGAGAUCUAUGCAAUAUACAAUGGGAACACGACUAUAGUAUGCGAUCCAGAGGCAGCGCCCAGGCCGAAAUUCCAGUGGAAAAAAGAUGGCAGCAUUGUAGGCACUGGAGGACAUAGGCGAAUACUACCGACCGGUACACUGAUUAUAUCACCGACAUCGAGGGACGAUGAGGGCAUUUAUACUUGUGUCGCAUCGAACGAGUACGGAACGGAUGAAUCUAGGGCGAGAUUGAUCGUUUUAGAGGAGCUUCGAUUCACUCAAUUGCUUCAACCGCAAAUUGUGGCUCAAGUGCAUGACUAUCUCUACUUUCAUUGUGAUGUUAGCUAUGAUUCUGUGUUGGAUGUUGCCUUCCUCUGGAGACAUAACGGGCAGCUUGUUGUUGAAACGGAGCAAAUUAUCAUCGAGCAAAACACCUUGCAAAUCUUUAAUUUGUCACUUUUAGACGCCGGUGAAUACGAAUGUAUUGCGAAAUCAUCGGUGAAUGAAAUUGCUUCAAAGUCAAAUGUAAUUGUGCUCGGUCCACCAGGUGCACCAGGUGGUGUUAAAGUGAUUGAUAUCUUUAAAACUCGCGCUCGAUUGGAAUGGCUUGACGGAACUGACAAUGGCCGGCAAAUAUCCUACUACAACAUAUUGGGUCGUACCAACUGGAACAAAACCUGGGUUAAUGUGUCAGAAGGAGUAUUUGCCCAUGAAAUUGAUCGUUACAAUGGACGAAAACAAGCUGAAGUAAAGAACUUGACACCAUGGUCUGGCUAUGAAUUCAGUGUUUGUGCCGUAAAUGAAUUGGGAAUUGGUACACCAAGUGCACCAUCGCCACUUUACAACACACACAACGACAAGCCAUACAUAUCGCCAUAUAAUGUCGGUGGUGGUGGCGGAAAGAUCGGCGAUUUAACAAUCACAUGGACACCAUUGUUGCCGCAAGAACAGAAUGCACCUGGAAUUCAUUACAAAAUCUUCUGGCGAUUGCAUGAAACCAUCAACAAUCGAACCGAAAAUGAAUGGGCAACCGAUGUGCUAAGAGACCGUGGAAAUGUCGGUCGUGCCAUUGUGCCAAUCCCACCAAAUAUGUACUACACCAAAUACGAUGUGAAAGUUCAAGCCAUCAAUGAUGUUGGCUAUGGGCCGGAAAGUGCUUUCAAAACCAUUUAUUCAGCCGAAGAUAUGCCACAAGUGGCACCACAACAACCAGUUGCUGUCGGUUUCAAUUCGACAUGCUUCAAUGUCACAUGGAAUCCAAUCAAUCAAACUCGCGAAGCGAUCCGAGGCAAUUUGAUUGGUCAUCGUAUGAAGUACUGGAAACAGGGGCACAAGGAAGAGGAUGCCGUUUAUUAUUUGUCACGUUCGAAACGUCCAUGGGCAUUGAUUGUCGGCUUGGAACCAGAUACACAUUACUUCGUCAAAGUUAUGGCAUACAAUGCGGCCGGUGAAGGACCCGAGAGUGAACGUUAUCUGGAACGAACAUACCGAAAAGCACCACAGAAACCACCGUCGUCAGUGCAUGUGUACGGUGUCAAUCCGUCAACGGUGCGGGUUGUAUGGCGUUAUGUCGGUGUCACCAUGGAAGAAGAACCGAUCAAGGGUUACAAAGUGCGUGUUUGGGAAUCGGAUCAAGAUAUGUCAACGGCCAACGAUACAAUCAUUUUGAUUGGAAACCAACUGGAAGCCUAUGUUGAUACACUCACACCAGGAAAGGCAUACAAAAUGAGAGUGCUUGCGUUCAGCAACGGUGGUGACGGUCGUAUGUCAUCACCAACACUUCAAUUCCAAAUGGGCAACACAAACUCACGAAACAUGGCAACAAAUCUUCAUCUGAAUAAAACUAUAAUUUUCGGUCUGCUCACUCUGUUCUAUUUGAUUAAAAAGAUUCAGUACUGAAAUUCCGAGUAGCUCAAUAGCAAACAAUCCGGCCAAUUUCCACAAAAAAAAAAACUGAAUGAGGCACAUUAACAUUGUCCAUUUGUGACACUAAUUUUAUACAAAAAGAAAGCGAAUUAUCCAUUUUUUGGACAUAGUUUAUAUAUAUAGAAUCAAAAAGCAGCCAAUUACCUGUGAGUCUAGAGACCAAGUAUGGUAUGAUUAACUGAUUUAAAAAUCAAUUCCAAAAUUCUUACACGAAAUCGUUUAUUUGGCUUAUCUUAAUCAUUUGUAAUGAAACAAAGAAAAAACGAAACAUUUUUUAUUUGUUUUUCUCGUCCGUUUAAAUGUUCCGAUUUACCAUUGUAAUGUUAUUGCUUUUUUUUUUACCGAAUCUCAAAUUGAAUGUAUUCUUAAUAUAAAUGUAAUUUGUUCCGUCUGUACAAUUUAACUCGAAUGUAACCGAAGAAGAAGAAAAACAAAUACGCACGAAUCUGUUUGCGACAUUUAUCACUCGCUGAAGAUGGAAGCAUGUUCAAAGUCAAGCGAACAGUAAAUAAUGAAAAAUAAGCUAUAUAAGAAUCAAGUCGUAUCAGAUUAGAGCAAUAUGUGGUUAUGAAAGAAAAGUAUAUUUUCACUACACCGUAUUUUUUCGUCUCGUCUACAAAAAUGAAACUGGAAAACGGGUUAUCGGCAAUGGUGUGAUUGUUUUUCGCUAUGGCUAUUACAUAUCAUAGCCUAAGAGAGAGACAAAAAUUUAAAACAAAUCAAGCCAUUGAUAAACGUUUUUAGAUAUUCAAGUAUACAUUGGAAUUGUUAUAUGUAUGAAUUUGAGCUUUAAUAUAUUCUACACAAAUUCAGAUAUAAGAGCCACACUUGUUCACUAUUUUAAGGAAACUUUUAUUUUGUUUAAAGUCCACUAAACGAACGAGCCAUGAUUUAUACACAUUUUUCGUAGCAUUUCUUUUUCGUCCAAUUGAUGUAGCCAAUUUUAUUUAGGCAUUUUAAUUUUCAUUCUUUUUUUACCGUCCAAUUUUUAUGUUUGAUUUUUUUUUAGACGAAUCUAAAUUCUUUCUCAUUUUAAUAUGAUAAAUUGUUGUAAUUUUCUUUAGAAAUGAUUUCAUUUUUCUUAGCAAAAUUUAUUUUGACGAUUCAUUUCGCUUUUCAAAUUUGAUACAAGUCUUAAUGUAAGCGACUUAAGGUUAUAAAUGAACAAAAAAAAUUUAAAUUUAUAUUCAAAUCAAACGAAGAAGUAUAUUGAUACUGUCAUUCCGUCCGUAGUUUUGUAAGAUUAGAUUUUAAUAACGGCCUUGAUGUAAACAUCAUAAAAGAAUUGUACGAAUUAUACGAAUAAAAUACCAGAAACCAUGAA